ACCCUGACAGUCCAGUAGAGAAGUGGGUCAGUCAACUGAAACCAAGUCACGUGAUACAGGGGCUGAUGGACGAUUUGGGGGAAUCGUCAGAUACAUGUAGCGUGUGCAAAGAAGAUGGGGAGACAACUCCAGGUAAAACGUGGUGCACCAUUUGUGACGAUGUCUUUUGUGAUGGGUGUCUCCAGUUACACAAGAAGAUGCCACGGUUACGUGAAGUGAUUGACUUACGUAUCCAUAGUAACGAGAAACCAAAGGUACAGCGCUUUAUGUGCAGAAUGCACAAGGAUGAGAAGAUAAAACUGUUUUGUAAAGAUUGCAGGAUGGCAAUUUGUACUGUAUACUGCAGUAUCAAACACAGGAAGUGUGAUGAUGUUGAAACCAUAGAUGCCAUGAAGCCUCUUGUAACAGAAACAUUGAUCAAUGAAACUAGAAACCAAGAGAAGAAGAUUAAAACUUACAAUGAUAACAUUUCAUCAACAAACUCGGAAAUUAAAAACCUAUUGAUAAACGCACAAGUGAUGAAAGACCAAGUUCAGAAAGAACGUAUGGUAGCUGUAGACGUUCUCCUGAGAAAAAAAAGAAACUGCUGAGAUCGUAUCGACCAACUCACUGAGACACGUGUACAAGAAUUGAAAGCCCACAGAAAGUCCCAGGAGAUUGACCUCCAGAUGCAUCAGCAGCGGCAUGGGUUCAUACACAAAGCCGUGACGUCACACUGUGUAGCAGACAUGUAUGAUAUAUAUGAGACUGUGGCUGUAGCAUCCAGAGAUAAGGACACAAGUGAGGACAAGAGACCAAUACCAUCCACUAUCGUCUUCACACAUGACACAGAUAAACUGAGGAGAUCUGUGGAUGAGGUGCAGCUGGGGGAGGUCAAUACUGUUGGAGGUCUAAGUGACCGGACGUCUUCUCCUGUUCUCAUGCACGAAAUUGACUGUAGAUCUGGAGACAUGUUUUAUGAUUUGCGUGAUGUUGUUGUGUUGACAGUUCAUGGUAUCAAGGUAAUUACUGUGAUAGAUUAUUUACAUUGUCAACUCAGCACAUGUUACGUUCCAAACAAAACAUCCUUCAAUACAUGUCUCCAGCUUCCUUCUCAGCCAAUGCGAAUAGCUAAGGUGGGUGGAGCUCGGGCAGCUGUUACUCUGCCAGACACACAACAAAUAGCUUUCAUCAACUUUGACCCAGAACCUACAUUACACUCAACUGUUAGAACAAGGAGGAAAUAUGGUGGUUUAGCCUUCCUGAACCCUUCACAACUCCUGGCAGGUGGUUACGAUGGUCGUGCCUCUGUUGACGUGCUGGAUAUGAAAGGGAAUAUACUUAAAUCUAUCUCGACAGGUGUGAUAAGGAACCCACAUGAAAUACAUGUUUCUGGAGAAAACAAGUUAGUAGUUAGUGAAGCAACAGUAAAAUCAAUUGUAUCAGUGACCAGUGAAGGCAAAACUGUUUUCACCUACACUCCCACAGGAGACAGAGCUCUAACAUGCCCGCAAGGUAUCACAACAAUCAGGACAGGAGACAUCCUUCCUGUGGACAGAGACACGCACAGGUUGAUUCAACUGACAAAGUCGGGGCAGUUUGUCAGAGAUGUCCUCACACAAAAGGAUGGCAUGCAUUAUCCCCACAGUAUCUGUCUGGAUGAUGACAGUGUGUUGUAUGUAAAUAACAGUCGCUACGUAAGAGUAUACGGUUUUGAAAAACAUUGAAUUCAUCAAUAUGAAAAUUACUUUGAUGAACAGUCUGUGUGUGGAUCAUGUGUACAAGACUGAAAUAAUGAGAACUGAUCUCAUAACCGCUACAUGUGAAAUGUAACGAGAAUAGGGUCUUCAUAACUAUUCAGCUUAAUUUUCCCAUUAGCAACGAUGGAAAUGCACAUAUGUUAUACACAGUUUCCUGAAAUUACGAUCAUCAAGUUAGCACAAAGCGCUUAAUAAUCCAUCAUUGCAUUUGUAAAAUUAGUCUGUUGUGAAUCAUAGUUUAUGUCUUUCGUCUGAUCAGUCAACAAUUAUUUUCACAACAAAAUGGUAUUAUCGAUGACUUUAGCCUGGCUUUGUUGUGAACUAUAGUGUGUGAUUGUCAGCAUAUCUAUUUGCACAUGGAGUCAAGUAUGUUUCUACAAUUUCUACAUUGUUGUGUAAUGUACAUGUAAUAAAAAUAGUAAUGCGCGGCGCAAAGGGUCACAACAUGAGAUACAAUUGUUAUUCGUUAUAUUAUAUAGUCUUAUCGUCCUUAGUCUGCAGGCAGACUAAAAUGUA